AUGUCAACCCCGAAAAAGCCUGCCGAGCCCCCCGUGAUCCCUGAAAGAAUAUCGUCUCUCAUGGCACCCACUCGUCAGUCAGCGCUACGGACUCACAAGCAAAGGUCUGUAAAUGCAGCAUCCCGCCUUUCUGAGAUGUCGGUUGAGUCGACAGCAUCCGAUAUUCUUGAUGCGAAACUUGCGGCAAUGGAAAGUGAACUUGAGUACAUGCGGUGUGUCCGAGACGGCCUUAUCGAAGCAAGACAGGCUGAAGAGAUCUCCCACGACGUCUUUCAGCGAGAAAUCCAACCCUUCUUGAAGUCCUUCCGUUCGUCGUCGUCAACCAUUCAAGUCCUGAAGACACAACGUCCAUUGAUCAUCGAAGACAUUGAUGAAGAGGUUUCGGCGAAACGUCAGAGGAUUGAAGGACCGGUUGACCAAAGCCUGCUCGAGCAUGCUUAUCGCGACGCUAUGAUCUCCCGUGUGCUGGGUGCAAGUGCAAAACAGAAGGGUCCUAAGUUUGAUCAAUCAAGGUUCAGGAAGGAAGUCUACACGUACUACGGUGUCAAUGAGCAUUGUCGCCCUGGCUUUGGGUGGUGUCAUGUGUUAGGCACUAUACUUCCCGAAAAGCAUAUCAAAACUGCCCAUCUUGUACCCAAAUCUAUGACAUCUAAGGAAAUUUCCCACCUAUUCGGAGUCAGUGAUGGAGUUCUUGGUGACCCCCGCAAUGGCAUCACACUAGCAGAAAAUAUUAAGCUACUUUUCGACCAAGGUACAAUCGCGAUUGUACCUAUGCCCGGCCCAAUGGAAAGUCCAACUCAAUGGAGGUGUGUUAUUUUGGACGAAUCAAAAAAGAGACCUUCAUCGGUGUCUCAGGAGAUUGAUAAUAAGCCGUUGACCUUCAUUUCCGACAACCGUCCUCGCCGCCGGUAUUUGUACUUUUGUUUCAUCAUUGCGUAUCUGAAUGCGAAGAGCCGAGGAGCCAGUGACGCCGUUGCGAAAAAGGUUGAAGCCACACGUUUUUGGCCCUCCGGCGGCGAGUACCUUAAUCGGUCAACACUGGUUACGUUAGCUCGUUGUGUUUCAGGAUCUGAACUCCCUGAAUCCCUUGUUCAAGACAAGACUUACGACUUCGGUGACACCUCCACUCGUGACUCUGACGCUGGAACUGUGCUUGGAGCUGAUGUCCGUGACGCAAUUCUUGCCAUGAGGAACCUCUAA